AUGGAGCAGUUUGAGAAGGACACAUUUGCGAAGAGUCACAACCAGAUGUCCUCCUUCUGGAACUCGUGCUACGAUGCACUUAUGAGCAGCUCGUUAAGAAGGGAGACCGAGAAGGGAGAGAGCAGAGACAAAUUUAAGGAGCUGAUCCUGGAGCCGGUUCUGAAGAGGAUCUUGCGGGAGAACGUGCGAUAUAACAGCGUGCUGAAACAGAUCAACAGCCACCACAACACGGUCCUGAGACAAUGGAAGUCUGUGCUGCGCCUGCUGACCUGUGCCCGCGCGGGGCCUGGGCCGAUCGGAGCCCGGCGGAGGUUCGAUGGAAGCUGUCCAGUGCGGAGACCUAUUCCAGAAUGCGGCUGAAAUUGGUGCCAAAUUACAACUUUGACGCUCACGCAGAAGCCAGCGCACUCCGCGAUAACCUAGGUACCGAUCAGAGUCAGACCCUCACCGAUUCAUUCCCGCUCGCUGUGGCCAAGGAGGCGAAGGUGAACGAGAUGGAGGACGACCAGCUGGCCGAUGAAGAUUUGAUGAACAUUUAUCACGAGGAGACCAAAGAGCCCAACCAGAAGGAGAAGUUGGUGAUUUCGGAGGACUGCGAGCUGAUCACCGUCGUGGACGUCAUUCCCGGGAGGCUGGAGGUCACCACACAGCACAUUUACUUCUACGACCUGAGCAGUGAGAAGGAGGAGACCGAGGAG